AUGGCAAAAGUGCAUAUAACGAAUGUCGUGGUGUUGGACAAUCCUAGUCCAUUUUUCAAUCCGUUCCAAUUCGAACUGACCUUCGAAUGCAUAGAAGAGCUCAAAGAAGAUUUGGAAUGGAAGAUGAUUUACGUUGGAUCCGCUGAAUCUGAGGAGCACGAUCAAGUUUUAGAUACAAUAUAUGUAGGACCGAUUCCAGAAGGUAGACACAUGUUUGUUUUCCAAGCUCCCCCGCCUGAUGUCACACGUAUACCAGAAAACGACGCGUUAGGAGUAACAGUAGUUCUACUAGCGUGUUCGUAUCGCGGUCAGGAAUUCGUUAGAGUCGGUUACUAUAUUAAUAACGAGUACAUGGAAAGCGAACCGGAAUUACGAGAGAACCCUCCAGCGAAACCUCAGUUCGACAAAGUAGUUAGAAAUAUUUUAGCAUCAGAGCCAAGAGUAACUAGAUUUAAGAUUAACUGGGCUGAACCAGACGCGGCGGCGGCGAAUGACAGCGGGGAUGGCAACUUAGAAACCUCGCAUGCACCAAGUAAUGAUUCCUAUGGUGCGUCAUUUAACGCUGAUAGUCAAAUAAGUGGUAUUGAAUUCCACGGAAGCUUAAGUGGUUACGGUGACAAUUCAAAUUCGAUAGCUCCCAUGGAGUGUUGAGGUUGAAGCAUCGUCAAGUAUGGAGAGCGAUUAGCCUUCGAAAUUAAAAAUGGACUUUCUAUGACUGAUUAUUUCUGAGUCUCUUGAUUGUGAAGAUGGAGAGAAAACGGGACGAAAAACAGUUUAGAUUAUGUAUUUAUGUAUAUUGAAAUUUAUGAUAACAAAAAUCUGGGAAUCUUAGAACUUGCUUGCAAAUAUAGACAGCUUAGCGUCAACCAUAUUGACGUUACCGCUCCAUGUGUUAUGGGUGUAAUGGUGUGUUAUUGUAUAAUGUAUAAUAGCCCUUAAAGUUCCUCAAUAAACCAGCUGUCAUUAAUUAGUUACCGUGUUCAAAUUUAAACUAGUAAAAUAUUUGAUGAAAUUGUGUAUGUAACAAAGAUUAUAAAAUAGUAAUUCUUUCGUAUUUUUUGUAAAUUAUGUUAGUUAUAGAUUUAUUUAUAUUUUAUUGUCAAUUCGGUACAAAAAUAUACAGACAACUAUGUAAUUUAUAUAUAAGAUAAAAGAAAAAUCAUCAUGGUAGCUUUUCUAGCAUGACAUAUAAUUUUCUUUCUUCUUCAUUUUGUCUUUUUUUUAGCGUUUAUAUAGAAGUAUGGUAUAAGUUCUGUUUCCUUCUGUUCUGACAAUAAUAGAUAAGUUUAGUAUGUAAUAGUUUAUUGAAAAUUUUAAUUGGUGUUUAAUUAUGCUCACAGUAUCAUUAUAGAUAAAAAUGUCUCAAUUUUAAAUGUUUCUAUAUCCGUAAAACGAUAGUUCUGCUCACAAACCGUUAGUAAAACUAAUCGUUUUGAUUAUAUAGGAACUGGACAAAAAGGACGAAAAUAAAUUUGACUAAAUAUUAAAAAUUUCUUUAAGUCUUAGUGUGCAUUUAAAGUGACGUGGGGCUAGGCGGAGUGGGCCGUAAAUUAGCCAAUCAAACUGCUCGAAAUCCCCCACUCAUCAUUUUAUAGAUCUCUUAUGAUAUAUGAAUGAAUUCUGGAUUAUUUCAGUUUUGAAGGUAGUAUCAAAAAUGUCUACUAACUACCCCAUUUUUUAAUUAAUUAAAAAUAUAACAAACUUUGCAAGCAAGUUCAACAAAAAAUUAUGCUGUAAUAGUUUAUUUAUUGCAUUUUUAUUCGUUAAUGAUAUUGUAACAAUAAUUUUGUAGAUAGUGUGGAAUAUUAUUUACCAAAACCGAACUAAUAUAGACUAAAGUUUA